AGACAGAUGUGGAUUUCUCACAAACACAUGAUGUGUGCACUGAAUUAUAAAAAUUGUUUACCACCCUCCGUAAUUAUUACACAAUUAGUUGAUGAUAAAUGCAGAAACGUACGUGAAUGGAAUCGGCCUCGUGUUGUGCCUGGUGGCGAGUCUGGGGCUCGCGUCGAAAUCGCCUAGUUUACAAGCCUGUUCUAGGUAUUGGCUGAAGAUGACCGACGACAACGCCGAGAAAGCGCUGGAGAGGUACGAGGAGUGUGUGGACAUGCUCUCCGGUCUAAAAGGCCGUGAAAAACGUCUUUUUCGAGAGUCGCUCAUGCGCAACCUGGAUAGGACGGCCACGUUCUUUUUCGAAAGGACCACCCUCCCGGCAGCGGAGGUCGUCCAGGUGAUGAGGAGCGUGGCGAAGCUGAUGGACGUUUUGGGAGAAAACCACGUCGUGUCGAAGUACAACAAUCCGCUCGACGACAGCCCAGAACGCAAGUACAGGAUCCUGUUUCACUCCUUUAUCGCUCUCGUGACAUGUCAGACAAUCCUCCUACUCUGCCUCCUCUGGCGGUUUUGCUUCAUAAAACGCUUGACCCAUCAGGAAGAGGUUUAUCUGAAAUGCAGGCGUAGGACGUCCUACUGCGAAAGCUCGAGUCCAAGACCCGACUGCCCGCUGAAAGACGGGGAAGAUUUUCCUCUCAUCAACAAGACAAAACAAUGUACAUUCGCCUGUUCUCCGGCUCAUUGUGACAAAAUGAGGCCAAAGGACGAAGACAUACUGACUGACUUUUCCUCGCUCUCAUCCCCUGGAAUUGGAUCGGAUUCGGAAUUCGAAGCCUUGAUGAACAGAAGACCUCUGCCUAAACCCAAGUCGACGGCUGACAAUAAAAUCCCAAAACGUGGAUCGAAGUCCAACGGCCAUUCUACCUUUCCAAAAUGAAACGGGUGAACAAAUGCGAAGAAUGUUUUUUCGUCCCCCUGUGAAAAGACCGAUUCUGUAAAAUAUAUUUUACUGUACAAACA